AUGUCGAAUGAUACAAGGCGAAUCCUAAGGUCCGCGGCAAAGCAACAGGAAUCUAUAUCUCAACCUUCCUCUCUCAGGCCUCCUUUAGAUGCACCACCAGCACCUGAACACCCAAUAAUCACCAUCCUCCGAGGCUCAAAACUGCCAAACCUUUCACCGGCAGAAUGCAAACUCUUCCGUGAAAAACAACUCCGCCUCUCCAACGACACCCCACACACCCGCGCCUCAGUAUCGGGCCAACACCUCCGCACUGCGCUUGAGGCUAGCCUGAUCUUCGCCCAGCACGAGGCCGGAAGCGCGGUCUGCAUACACCCAGCUGGCUGGGUGCUAACCUGCGCGCACUGCUUCGGUGAAACGGAGGAAGAAUAUCUCGCCUCUCCCAAAACCCGUUGGCUGUUCUUCUAUGACGGACGAGCCGUGCAGGCCGAAUGUCGCGCUUGGGACGCGAAGCGGGAUCUUGCGCUUUUGAAGAUCAUCGCCAUUGAGUCAGGUGGCGCCAGUGCAGGAAUUGGCCCGAACAGUAGAAAUAAUAACAAUCGUAUUGAUCAUGAUCACGAUGCCGAUGCUUCGUUUCCGUUUGUGGCCCUUGCCGAUUGCAAACCUGCCGUGCAUACGCCGAUCAUAUGUAUCGGCCAGCCUGGCAGUGAGGAUCUGGAGUCUGCAACGGACCGGAAAACCGAUUACGGUCUUGUAGAGGUAUCGCGCGGCGCGUUUAAGGGGAUGGUCCCUGGCGCAGACCCGUGUGAUAAUUCGGAAAUCGGCACGUUGAAGCAUGAUGCCUGGACGUAUUGGGGCCACUCCGGCGCGCCGCUGUUAAAUACAGCGGAUGGGAGUUUGAUCGGGUUGCAUUCGUCUUGGGACGAUCGGACGGGAAUGAGGCAUGGUGUUCCGCUGGUUGCGAUUGAGAUGUUUCUGCAGGAGCACGGUGAAGUAAUACGCGCUGAGUCUGUUGGGCAACGAGUGUGCACGAUCUUGGCAGACGGGAAGAAGGAGGUGCGGCAGAGGGGAUUAGUUCAAAGUUUGGCCGCGAGGUCAAUGGCAGGAGUUCAAGCUCCUUGCGAAAAUGGUAAUGCUGAUGUGAUUGUUAUUAGCAGUGAUUCUAGUGAUGAUGGCCACGGGGAAACAUUGUGA